UCAACCAAUGUAGACGCGGUUUUUUUUCUGGUGCGAGAUUUUUGAAUUUUUUAAUCGAAGGUGUUAGAUUUGUUUUAAAGUAACUUUUGAUACUCUUCCGGCCUUGGAAAACCCGUGAAAAUUGUGGCAAAUCCAUCGAUAAGGAUUUAUCUGGAGCAUUUGAGUGUUUUCUGUGACUAUCUCGAGUGGUUUUGAUCAAGCAAAAAAAAAAUAGACUCAUGGUAAAAAGCCAGCAGAGAAUUGUAAUCUAAACACCUCAAAUACCUUUCUCCCGUACGAGAGCUCUAAAGUCAGUGAUAAUAGACUCAGUGUUUGGAAUUUUGUGGCUAAAGGAGUUUAUUGAAAGUUUCAAAAUCUAUCCAUCUUUCGUCUCAGACUCGAUACCCAGAGACUUCCAACACCAAAUAUUUAUUCCUUUUCGUUAUUUAUGACAUGAAAACAUAUGUACCAGAAGUUGAGGAUUAGUGUUCUUUUCCCUUGGCUCUGGAAGUCUAACGAGUUUCGGAGUGAGAAGAUCUCUGUAGGCCCUCCAAGAGAUUUUAAAGAAGAAAAAGAAACGCUAAGAAAGAUGAAACAUGUGUAAAAAUUCCUCAAUGAAUGUUGGGAUAUAAUGAGCAGUUAAAUACAUAAUACACGUUCGACAUUAUUUAUAAAUAACAAUUAGAAACAAGUAAAACUUUUGACGGCACCAGAAAAAAUCUAAACAGAAUUCAUCCUGCGCAUUCUUUGCAUCAAAAUCCAAACAAUCAUCAUUUGGUGUCAUUGGCUAAAAUAUUGAACAAUAACUCUCUAUAAAUAAUUCUGUGGUAUUUAGUGUUUAGUGUGGCUCAAAUGAAACCCAAUGAAUAGCAAAAAGUGAAAGAAUUUCUAGUGUGAGGGAACGAAAAAAAAAGAAAAUAGUAAUUAAGAGAACAGUGGAAGAUUUCUUUGGAGUCACUGGAAGUUCACAAUGGCGACAUCUGACACUUGGAUGCUAAUGAGGAGCACUUGUCUCCUACUGCUGCUAAUUCAUCUGCCACAUGCCGCACAUGCCAAUCCCGAUAUCUCGAUGCGCACAUGUGAGCCCAUCCGAAUAGAACUUUGUCGUGGGAUUGGCUACAAUGAGACCUCAAUGCCCAAUUUGGUGGGUCAUGAGAUACAAACUGAUGCAGAUUUUACCCUUCAGACCUUUUCGCCCUUAAUUCAGUACGGUUGCAGUGCCCAGUUGCAUUUUUUCCUCUGUGCAGCAUAUGUUCCUAUGUGCACCCCGAAGGUCCCUGUUCCUAUUGGCCCCUGUAGGGGUCUGUGUGAAACGACCCGGGCACGAUGCCUUCCGGUCCUUCAGGGCUUUGGGUUUCCCUGGCCAAGUGCCCUGGAAUGCAGUAGAUUCCCCGAAGAGAACAACCAUGAACAUAUGUGCAUGGAAGGUCCUGGAGAACCUAGCGAUGGCCUACCUCCUCCCACGUCAAAAAUCAAGUCCCAUGUGUCCAAUUGCCAAGAUCUAGUCAAGUCCCAUCUCUAUGCCAGACUCAAUAGAACAGGGAAGUGUGCUCCUCUGUGUGAGGCUGAUAUCCUUUUUGAUGCCCAAGAGAAGCACCUAGCUGAAGUCUGGGUGACAGCCUGGAGUGUGGCUGCCCUGCUAACUGCCAUUGUUGCCACUCUCUGUUUGAUCUUUACGGACACGAAAUGGGACAAAAUCUUUAUGCCCCUGGUCACUUGUCAUUUGUUAGUUGCGGUAGGAUGGAGUGUUAGGUGGUUGGCCAAGAGGAAUCCUACUGCCUGCGGUUACGAUCCGCAACUUCCCGGAGUUUCGCUACUCCUCACCGACGGACUCUCCAAUGCACCUUGUGCAGGUACCUUCCUGCUAAGGUACUACUUCGGGAUGGCAGCUGGAGUCUGGUGGGCAAUUCUCUGCUUUUACUGGCAUUUGGCGGUCCGGAGGACUCGCAUGGAGAACCUCACUGAGCGUCCUGGACAGCCAAAGUUCCGAACUGAUUCCUACUCAUCUCUCACUCAACUCACAGCUUGGGGUGUUCCUGCUCUUCAAACUGUGGCAGUUCUUGUGUCGAGAUUCGUGGAUGCCGAUGAAUUGCUGGGUGCUUGUUACGUUGGCAAUCAAUCGGAUCGCGCCCUCAGACUUCUCGUGGCGAUGCCUUUAUUCUGCUGUUGGUGUUCUGGCUCUGUGAAUCUCUUUGUUGGAUACUUGAUGAGGCGUCGGAAACCGGACAUUCCGCCACUGAGACCAAUGCCUGAACACAUGGACGGAAUGGGGAGAUUCCUCUUUGUCUACUGCAUCCCCAGCGGACUCCUCAUGAUCGCCGUUUUCUACGAAUUUGCCAACAGGGAUCUCUGGCUCAAUGUACAGCCUUCCAUGGAACCUCAAGCCGCCAUCAAAGCACCAAUGUGGCCCUUCAUGAUGAAAGCCUUCAUGGAGCUGCUCCUGGGCGUCUUGGCAUCUUCCUGGGCUCUCGGACCUCGUGCUGUGACCAUGUGGAAGAACCACUUUGGUCACAAGUGCAAACAGACUCCGCAGAAGUUCCCAACGGCUCAGCCAAUCUACCCUGCAGCCUCCUAUCAGAUCGUCUGCCCGCAGAACUCGAUGAUCUCCUCAGCCACAGGAAGUCUUCCCCGGCAUGGCCGGAAGUAUCCCUCUCAUGCCGUCCGGAAGCAGCAACGGAUGUACAAAACCUCCGUGUCGCAGUCACGCAGUUUGACCGGCAACGAGACGGUCUUCUGACCCCAAAAUUGAGCCACUUGGACACCCUGUGAUAUGCCCGUGGCUUCAAUUUCUGCAACUGAAGCCACGGGGGAUGCUUUAAGGACGCACAAGGACGAAGCCUUGUGGAAAACAUUUGAGUCAGAAAGUUAAUUUAUCGAGCAGAAGUACUUAAAUUUAGUUGGGGAAAAAGGGGAUGACUUCCUGUACAAUAAGAACUUUAGAUGAAUCCACCGCCAAAAUCUAAACACUGUCCGGAAAGAUUUUCAACAGAAGUGCCUUUGUUAAUCUACUCAGUGAACAGAUGGGACUGUUAAAAUAUAAUUUAGGGUAGAUUUUAGGGAUAUUUCGGGGGAGUUUAGGUGCUUCCUGAAUGUAUUUAUUUGUUUAGAAUUUAGAUUUUAGGUGUUAUAAAGUACUUUUCUGCUUUACUGUAUUUUUUUCUCCUCUAAAUGACUUCAAAUUGUUAGUGCCAUUGUACAUUUACUUAAUGUAAUUUCUUGUGAUAUUAUAUUAAUAUCUGAUGAGAAUAAAAAAUUAUUUGUAGAAUUA